GUUUGUGUUUCGAAAUUCUGUCACUAGGGAGCAAUGUGUGGCUCAACAAAAUACAAUCAAGCUGAACUUUCUGUGACGUGACGAAAGAUGCGUCUCUUAAGUUGCGCCACCAAAAACUGGGAGUUUACACAUGUAACUGGAGUAUGCCACUAGCUGUGGUGACACUUUCGUUGCAGGAGUGAACCCGGCCUUAUAAAACCUUCGAUUUUAUUUUUUUGGAUCUGGCGACACUGGUUGUUGUGGUACAAGCACACUCCGAUAAGUGUGAUCUCUGAGAUGUGUACACUGCGUGUUAGCGGCAGUGGGAACGUGUUGUUUGUGUAUAGGCGAGGAGCACUUGUUAUUAAUGUUAUACAGUAACAGGCUCAGUAUUUGUUACUGUGUAGGUGUCAACUUGUGUACAGAGGACUCUACCACCUUUAGUAGCCCAAGGAAUUUUUAAUGACUUCUCUUUAUUACAUUUAUCUUUUUAGGAAAACUACUUCAAAAAUGGAUACAAACUCUUUAAGAAUGGCUCAUUGUAAACUACACUCCAAUGUACAUUUUUAAAGCUUUUUUUAAAGUCUUCUGUAGUUUCGUCAGUUAACGAGUCUGACUGUUUUAUUAGUGUGUAUUUGAACUGUAAAAAGAGAAAUGAAGUUAAAUGUACAACGAAUAUUUGUGGGUAACUUACCCACAGUGGUAACUGAAGAUGAUCUUUCGAAGAGGUUCUCCAAGUAUGGAAAAGUUCAAUCAACUGAAAUUAAACGACGCUCUGAUGACUCUGUGUUUGCUUAUGUUAAUUUAGAGGCUGACAGGAGUCAUAUAAAUGAAUGUCUUGAAUACAUGUCAAAAAGAAAAUGGCAUGGUCAGCACGUGAAAGUGGAACUUGCAAAAGAAAGCUUUUUGGACCGAUUGGCGAGGGAAAGACAACAGCAACAGUCUGUCGUAAAACCAAUUCAGAUAUCUGCAGGGAUAAAUCCUACAGGAAACUUUAUACAUAAUGGAAGUCAAGAUGAUGAGUUUGUGCAGACGUGUAAUUUCAAAAAGGAAAGUCAGGGAAAUGCCAAACAAUCAAAUGUUGCAAAAUUUGAAACUGAAGACUCAGGUAUGGGCACUUGUGAAGUGAGCUACAAUAAAAAAUUACCAAUGUUUAAGGGUAUACUAAGUUCUUAUGCAGAAUUCAAACCCAAGUUAGAAGAAACACAAGUACAACCAUCUUCACCACUAAAGAAUGUAUCAGAAAGUAUGAGGAAAGGAAGCAAAAAGAAGGGUAAUCUGGAAAAUAAUUUAUUUCCUGCCAGUGAAAACAUUCUUGGGUAUCAAGAAUCGAAAUUUAAUAUCUUUAAUUACGAGCAUAAGAAGCAGAAAGUCCAGGAUGACCAAAUACAAUUAAAAGUUAUAAAAAAUAGAAUUGUUCCAGAAAUAAAAAGUUUGAAAUCUGAGGAAAAGAGAUUAAAAUCUAUUGAAGAAAAAAGAAUGUCAUUCAAAAAUCAAGUACAAACUGUAAAACGAGCUUUAGCUGCUGUGGAUGCUCCACCAAAUAAAAAAAUUAUUUUCAGUGAUAAUGAAAUGUCUACUGUACAUACAGAUGAUGAAAAUGAUGAUGGUGAAAAGCCAGUUGACAAGCCAUCUACACUCUUUGACGAUGAAUCAUCAGAUGAUGAAAUAAAUGACUUCAAAAUAAAAGCACAGUUUGAAGGAAGAAAAGGUCAGAAGCUGUUGGAGCUGCAGUCGAAGUAUGCAAAUGACAAGAGAUUUACCUUGGAUGAAAGGUUUUAUGAAAGUGAUGAUGAUGAAGCGUCAGUGGAGCCUGAUAAAGUUGUUGAAUUUCAAGAUGAAAAGAAACGACAGUUGAACAUUCUGCAGGAUGUCCUGGGUGACACAGCCCACGUGUUACCAGAGAAGAGAGAAAAACCUAGUAAUAGUAGGAGCAUGCUAAGGUUUGAUCCAUUGAAAGCAGAUCAUAAGAGAUUUGAGGUUGCAACAGUUUCAACACCUGAGAAAAUAGAGAAUGAAAGCAAAAAAAUGAAUGUGGAGAAUGGUCUGAAAAUGCAGGAUGAGGAAGAUCAUGAGGUUGAAGAUGAGAAACCUGCAAAAGUGGAAGUUUCCAAAGAAAAAUUUUACAAUGUAACAGACAGACUAAAAGAAACCCUAAAGAGCAAAACUCAAAAUGAUGCCCAGUUCAGUCUGCUUGAAAUGUUUGGGUCCACAGAAGAUGAUAAAGGUGCACAGUCCUCCCAAGAAAAAUACAAGAACUCUGAAUUAAAUAAGAAAAAACAAAUUGGCUGGUCACGGAAUCCUUUCAAAUAUGAUUCUAGUGAUUCUGAAGAUGAAUAUGAGGUAAAAAAAUCAACAGAGUCAAAUCAGAACAGUUAUGAAACUAUUUCUGAAAAUAUGAAGGCCACCAGUUCAUUCUUCUUUAAAGAAAAUGAUGCCCGUCUAAAAGAGGGACUAGAGUUUAUCACAACAGCAAAAAGGAUUGGAGAAGAGGAAUUUUCAAAAAGGCGUAGGGAGUUAAAGCUAAUCAUUAGAGCAAAAAUAAAGAACAACAUGAGGAAAAAAAGACCUUGGAAGAAAAAGCUUGGUGGCCAGAAGAAAAAAUAUGCAGGGAAAAAAAGUAAACAUUAAGAUAACUAAGGUUACAUGUUACGUAAAAUGUACCUCAUUUGUGUUGUGCAGUUUGGUGCUGAUGGAUUUGUGAUUUUAAUUUUGGUGCUUUAUCUGUGGAGACAGCUGUUUCUUUAUAACGAGUGUGUGAAGAAAUCUAUUUUGCAAGACAUAGGAAGCUGUUGUCUUUAUAAGACCACAUUUAAAAGGGAAGAGACUAUGGAUAACUGAUCACAAGUAUAUUUUUUUAUUUAAUAUUACCUGUAGAAGAUCAGUUUGUACAUAAACUUUGUAUAAAAUGAAGAGUAUUUUACUGUAACUGAAUUUUAAAUUAUUAAUCUCAACAGGGGAAAUAAAGCCAGCGAAACUGAA